CUGUCGUUUGUUGAAAUUGAGAUAGAUGCGUAAAGUCAGCUUAUAGAUUUAUAGAAAAUAAAUAAAUUAUGAUUUAUAAAUACCAAUAAUUAUUAUCUCGUAACUUAUAGCAUCAAAAAUAUGAUAAGCAUAACUUAGAUACGUAGAAAUGUGGAUGGAAACGGCUGAUGGCAUAGUUUUCUGGAAUUCCAAACGAAUUUACUAAGAUAACUGAAUAACUGAAAAUUAUAAAAUGAAACGGAGAGGUGAUUAUGUGUGCAAUUCCUGCAACCACUUGUUCACUAGGAAGAACAACCUCCAGACUCACAUCCUAAAUGGGAACUGCCAGUCUAAUGUAUGUAUUAUAUGUGAGAGGACAUUUUCUAACUCGGCAUUGUUACAAGCACAUAUGUCACGAGGCCACAACAAAUUGGGGAAACCUCAGCCCGAGUGCGACUUGUGCGGACGGAUAUUCACAAGGAAACAUAAUCUUGUCUCUCACAUGAUAGUCGUACACUUGCAGGCGGGCAAACAAAACAUAACUUGUAAUUUGUGCGAUCGUAAAUUUAAUAUCGAGAGGAAUUUGAAGAGGCACAUGAAGCACAAGCACACAGUUGUAGAUUAUCCGACCUGUGAUAUAUGUAAAAAGAACUUCAAAGACAAGGGAUUGCUUGCAUCUCAUAUAGAAACAGUGCAUCUGGCAAAUUUUUCAGUGGCAACCGAGAAUUAUAAAGAAAAUAAAAGCGACAAAUUGUUAAAAAGUUGGUCAGAAAUACAUAAGGACAAGUCCGUUUUUAAGUGUAAUAUAUGCUCGAAAAUAUAUCUAUCAAGUCAAAGUCUGAAACGGCAUACAAGAACUUUACACGGCGAAAAGAAUUACUGUAAGUAUUGUUCAAAAUUCAUCAAAGACGAUAUUGAGAAGCAUAUUAAUAAUUGUCACAAAAACAAUGAGGAUAAAUAUAUAUUUAAAUGUGAGGUUUGUAAUGCGAUAUUUGAAUAUGAGCACUCACUGAGAGGACAUAUCAGGGAAGAGCACAGUUUCCAACAGUUUUACGACCACUGCAAGAAAUCUCUACUAAACAUAACACCUUGGAAAUUACCUAAGCGGGAAAAUAAUUGGCAUACCUGUGAAUUUUGUUGUAACACAUUUUCAACGGCAUACGAUUUAAAAGAUCACAUGAAAUCACAUCACGACAUUGAAUACAGCUUGUCCACUUGCAACGUUUGUUUUAAUAAAUUUUACAGCAAAGAAACCAUGUUUGCGCAUAAAAAGAACUGUUUCCCGCCAAAAAAUGCGAACGCCUGCCGUCAUUGUGACAAACUGUUCACUGACAUAUCGAGUUUGAAUUUCCACGUGAGAAUAUUUCAUCCGCAAGCUCAAAUCGCUGAAUCGAAAUUAUUAUCGAACCGUGAGGAUCUCGGAUCCUUUAAAUGUGAUCACUGCGACAGGAUAUAUUACAGCGACAGGUCUUUGAAACACCAUGUGAAAUUAAAACACAGCAGCGACGAGGCCGCUGAAUGUCAAUACUGUGGAAAAAUAUGCAAUAAUAAAUAUUACCUGGCAUCCCACAUAAAAAUCGUUCACAAUAACGACUACUGGGCCAAAUGCGAUUUCUGUGAUAAACAAUUCAAAUCGAAAAGGAACAUACGCCGGCACAUUGAAUACACACAUUUAGGCAUGCAGAGGUAUAAGUGCAUAGAGUGCGGAACUCUAUUUAAAGAGAAAAGAAGUUUGAGGAAGCAUGUUAGGAUCAAACAUCCAGAUUCGACAGCGUUCCCACAGUGCCAUAUAUGUAAAAAGCGUUUCGAAUCAGCUAAAUCCUGUAAAAUACAUUUAAAGUUACUCCAUUCCUUCAACAUGAAUACCCAUCCUUGUGAUUUAUGUUCACUGUCUUUCGAUUCCCUCGAUGCUCUGAAUAUUCAUUUAUCGACCAAACAUCUCGCUAAAGAUGAAAUAUAUAAAUGCGAGGAGUGCAAUUUAGUUUUUAAAGGACAAAUAACAUUCGACUGUCACAACGAUAAUUACCACGCGUGUGAAAGCAAAGAGAAGAACCUGCCGCGUUGUAUAAUAUGCGCCAAAGAUUUCAGAACUCGUAAGACUUUAAAGCGUCACAUAAAACGAUUCCACGAGGAGUUUAACGUGGAGGAACUGGCUACUUACGGUACAAAGAAACGUAUGUUUAACGUAAAUUGCACCGAGUGUAUUAAAAAUUUUAAUAAUGAUUUUUAUUUCAUGGUGUAUUCAAAAAUGAAGCAUUUGAGCGAUUCGUUUAUUUUCAAAUGCGAAUUGUGCUCUUAUUCCUACAAUUGUCUUGAAUACGCGAUCCAGAGGUAUAAACAGAGCGUUGACGUGAAAGGGAAGUUGUAUUUGAGCGAGUUGUGUACGACUGAAAUGAGUGAAAAUGAUUCGGAUAGCGGAAAACUUGCGCCUGAGAGCAAUAUUGAUUCAAAAGAUGAUGUAGAAUAUAAACAUUUUAAUAUAAAAAUCGAGCCCAGCUCUCCAUGAUUCGUUUAUUACCGGUUUUUGGAUAUACGUAACAAUGUAAUUAUGCGAAUUAUCAGGUGUUUGUGAAAACACUACUUUGUUUGAUUUAUUAAUUAAAAUUUUUUACCAACAAAAAAAUUAUUACAAAACACGUGGUUAUAGAAGUAGUCGUUUUUAAUUGCAAUAAUUUUAUAUGAAAUGUAUCUACAUCUCGCUUCAUAUAAAUUUGUUUGUUUUGACAUCUAGGUAUAGUAUUAUAACAACAUAAAGAAACCGGAUAUCCAUGGACGGAAAUAAAUACCUAAAAAUUUCUUUCUCUAAUUAUGAAUUUUCAAUACUUAGAUACAAUUUUUAUACGUUAUAUUUAUCUGAUAACAAUAUGAAAACUAUAUAUGUAAUUGAAAAAAAUUUCGCAUACUGCUAGUGAUGUGAAUUAGCGUUUUAAGAUCACUCUAAUCGAUAGUAAUUAAUAUCUGUAGAUCUUGACAAUAAAUAUGUGUAGGGCACAUCACUAGUUACUCUAUUAUUAUUUGAAGAAUCUAUCUGAUUUUCUACUAGAGAAUAGUUGCCGAUCUUGGUAUAUAUAAUUUUAUUUUCUUCGAUAUUUAUUAUAAAAUUUCCUUGCUUACGUAGCAAUGGUUUAUUAUAAAAACCUUUUCUUUUAUUGCAAUUUUCGUAUGAAUCUCUCCUAUUUUUUUUAUAUACAUUUAUAACGAUUUAAUUAAGACUGAUCCAAAUAAUUAUAUAUAUUUUUUAAGAAAUAACGUAACAGCAAUCUAGUUUAUUGUAUUUCUUUAUAUUAAGUAAAUAUAAUUCUAUAAAUAUUCUAAGAA